ACUGCUCUGGUGCUGUGUUUUUGGGAUUUUAGGGCAUUCCACGCCCUCUUGACAGGUUUAGAGCAGAAGUUGCUCAAACAAAUACGAGCAUCCCAAUAAAGAGUGACCCUGCUGUCCCCAAGGAGGCAGAACAGCACAGGGAACACUUGGGUGCCCUUUGCUUCCUUCCCUUUCCCUCACUCCCACGGCCCUGCAGGGCACAGCCCGUCCUCUCCUUGUCCCCAUAAGCCUUUCCCCCAGCUGUGUCAGCCCCAGACCGGGUUUCAUCACUUUCCUCACAGUCACAGGCCACAAAACCCACGCCUUUUCCUCAGAACUGCUGAUGUGGGGGAGCAGCCAGGACAGGAAUGAAGCUGUGGUCGCUGGAGCUGCUGAGCGACGCCUUGGCCAUCACCUCUCCUCACCACUGCUCCCACUGCCCUUAUCCAGGCAGAACCUCAGCCCAGCGGGGAUUAGGAGAGCAGGAGCUUUGGGAAAAUCCCUUUUCCUGUGAAAUCAAACAAAAGCCAGAGAUAAGUCUGAUGUACCCUGGUGGGUACAGCCACCCUGGCUAAAAGCAGAAGUGGCCAUGGGCAUCAGCUGCAGUUUGGGAUUGACCACAAACCCCAGCCCCAGCAGCAUGGAGAGGCUUCGAUCAUCUGAUAGGGGCCUGCCCAUGGAUGCCAGCAAGAAGGUGGAUCUGAAAAUCAUCAUCAUCGGAGCUCUGGGCGUGGGCAAGACCUCCCUGCUGCACCAGUACGUGCACAAGACGUUCUACGAGGAUUACCGCACCACGCUGGGCGCCAGCAUCCUCACCAAGGUCCUCGCCGUGGACAGCACCCCCCUGAAGCUGCAGAUCUGGGACACAGGGGGACAGGAGCGAUUCCGGUCCAUGGUGUCGACCUUCUACAAGGGCUCAGACGGCUGCAUGCUGGCCUUCGACGUGACAGACAGGGAGUCCUUCGAGGCCCUGGACAACUGGAGAGAUGAUUUCCUGGAGAAGGUCAUUCCCAGGGACCAGGAUUUCCCCAUGGUGGUGCUGGGGAACAAGAUAGACCUCAGUGACCGGCAGGUGCCCAAGGAAACGGCCUCAGCCUGGUGCAAGGAGAAGGACAUCCCGUAUUUCGAGGUCAGUGCCAAGAACAACAUCAACGUGGCCGAGGCUUUCGAGACCCUCGCGAAGCAGGCGCUGAGCACGGCUGGAGCGCAGACCUCUGCACAGCUCCGGGCAGCACCUCCUGCCACAUCUGCAGCCCCGCAGCAGCGGCCGCCCUCCCGAGGCGCAGAGAUGAGCCAGGCCAGGCCUCGCUAUGCCAUCGAACGCCCUGCCUACUCUGUCAGCCUCUUCGACGAGGAGUUUGAGAAGAAAACCAGAACUUACCCCGUCGGGGAGAAACUGAGAAACCUCUUCAGAUGUUCAGCUUCCAGGUUCAAGCUCACCCUCUUCCGCCUGUUCCCCAUCCUGGCGUGGCUCCCCAAGUACAAAAUCAAGGAUUACAUCCUGCCUGAUGUCCUGGGGGGGCUCAGCGCAGGGACAAUCCAAGUGCCACAAGGGAUGGCAUUCGCCCUCCUGGCCAACCUGCCUCCUGUCAACGGGCUCUACUCCUCCUUCUUCCCCCUGAUCACCUACUUCUUCCUCGGGGGCAUCCAUCAGAUGGUGCCAGGGACUUUUGCUGUCAUCAGCAUUAUCGUUGGCAACAUCUGCAAUGAGCUGGCCCCAGAGUCGGACUUCCAGUACUUCAACCACACCAGCAACGAGACCAGAGUGAACACCACGGCCCUGGAGGCUGCCAGGCUGGAGAUCUCUGCCACCCUGGCCUGCCUGACAGCCAUCAUACAGCUGUGCCUGGGCUUCCUGCAGUUUGGCUUCGUGGCCAUCUACCUGUCAGAGUCCUUCAUCAGGGGCUUCAUGACGGCGGCGGGGCUGCAGAUCCUCAUCUCCGUGCUCAAGUACGUCUUCGGCUUGACAGUGCCGUCUUACACCGGGCCCUUAGCUAUCGUCUACACAUUCAUUGACAUUUGUAAAGGUCUGCCCCAAACCAACCUGGCCUCCCUGGUCUACGCCUUGGUCAGCGCUGUGCUGCUGAUCCUUGUCAAGGAGCUCAACCUGAAGUACAUGAAGAAGAUCCGGAUGCCCAUCCCGAUGGAGAUCAUCAUCGUGAUCGUGGCCACCGCAAUCUCCGGCAGCUUCAACAUGCCCGACAAGUACGGCAUGCCAAUAGUGGGGAAAAUCAGCAUGGGGUUCCCAGAGCCCACCCUGCCCCUGGUGAGCAGGUGGAAGGACAUGGUGGGCACGGCUUUCUCGCUUGCCAUCGUGGGCUACGUGAUCAACCUGGCCAUGGGGAGGACCCUGGCAGCCAAGCAUGGCUACGACGUGGACCCCAACCAGGAAAUGCUGGCCCUGGGCUGCAGCAACUUCUUUGGAUCCUUCUUCAAAAUCCACGUGAUCUGCUGUGCUCUCUCUGUCACCCUCGCCGUGGACGGGGCAGGAGCAAAAUCCCAAGUGGCAAGUUUCUUUGUGGCUCUGGUGGUCAUGGUGACAAUGCUGUCCCUGGGAAUCUACCUCGAGCCUCUUCCAAAGUCCGUGCUGGGAGCCCUCAUCGCUGUGAACCUGAAAAACUCCCUCAAGCAGCUGGCUGACCCCUUCUACCUGUGGAAGAAGAGCAAGCUGGACUGUCUGGUCUGGCUCGUGAGUUUCCUCUCCGCGUUCUUCCUGAGCCUCCCCUACGGCGUGGCGGUGGGCGUGGGCUUCUCCGUGCUCGUCGUGGUUUUCCACACCCAGUUCCGCAACGGCUCUGCCCUGGGCCAGGUGACUUCCACUGACAUCUACAAGAACCCCAAAACCUACAACAAGGUCCAUGAAGUGAAUGGGAUUAAAAUCAUCACCUACUGCUCGCCGCUGUAUUUUGCCAACUCAGAGAUAUUCCGGGAGAAAAUUAUAGCCAAGACAGGGGUGGAUCCUGGCAAGGUGUACUUGGCCAGGAGGAAAUUUGUGAAAAAGCAGGGGAAGGGCACAGCACAACCACCAGCAAAGCUCCCAAAAUUCCUGCUGAAGGAGAACAAGACCUUGUCUUUGCAAGAGCUGCAGAAGGACUUUGAGAGCGCCUCUCCAACAGACACCAACAACAACCAGACCACUGCCAACGGUGCCAGCAUCUCCUACGUCACAUUCCGCCCUGCUGCCCCCGGGGCUGGGCCAGGGCAGAGCCCUGGGGAGCUGGGCAGCAGCAGCACCCUGCAGGGCAGCACCCUCAGCGUCCUGCCCGCGGCAGAGCCCGACCCUGUGCUGACAGCACCGCCCUACCUCAGCUUCCACACCAUCAUCCUGGACAUGAGCGGGGUGUGCUUCGUGGAUCUGAUGGGCACAAAGGCGCUGAGCAAGUUGUGUUCCAGUUACCAGAAGAUUGGGAUCAAAGUGUUCUUGGCAAACGUGCAUGCCCAGGUGUACGAUGACAUCAGCACAGGGGGAGUGUUUGAGGAAGGAGGCCUGGACAGAAGUCACAUCUUCCUGACCAUCCACGAUGCUGUUUUGUUUGCACUGGCCAGCAUCAGGGAAUUUGUCCACCCGCCCAUCUUGGAAGAGAGGCCAACCCAAACAGAGCUCUCCAUCUAUGACGAGUCUGUGGACGAGGGCAGUGCAGAGUACAAGAACCUGGAGGAGGAGAUGUUUGGGAGCAUGUUCCACUCAGAGACCCAGACAGCUCUGUGAGCACAGCGAGCGCCGGGCAAACCCUGCAGAGGAGACUCCUCUCUCCCACCCCUCCGUGGAGAGCUGUGCUUCUGCCUGGGGACACGACGGGUUUGCAACGAGGCCAUCACCCUCCAGAGCUGCCAGAUCCUCCCUCCUCCCUGCUCUGCUCGUGGCACUCUGAGCAGGCAGAGCCAGCUGGGGCAGCAGGAGCUCGGGAGAUGCCAUCUCGUGGAUUCUCAGCUGCAGGCAGGGGCCUGAGCUCAGGGGAUGCUCAGCCACCCUUUGCCCCUCACCAUCCUCUGCCCAGCUGGAAUUGCAUCGCCUGGCCAUCCUGCUCCUCGCCUUUCCCUCCUCCCUGUUUCCCCACGAAGUGAAACCCCAGCAAACGCUGAAAGCCUCUCAGGGUUCACUUCAGGAGGUGUGGCAGGGCAGCUCUGCCAGCUGCUGCUGCUCUCUGAUGUGCACUGACCCGGGGGCUGGACUGCAGCCCUCCAAUCUCCCUGCGUUCUCUGCAGCCUCUGCCUCUCCUCUUCUGUGCCCCAGCAUCCCAAAAAUCACUGCCUCGGACCACUGCUGUGUUUCUGGCACCCCAAAGACCUCAGGACUCUCUCAGCAGGGCUAAAUUCUGAAAUACAUCUAUUUUUUCUUACUAAUAGGACAGGUGUGUGCUCAGAAAUAAGAAUUAUGUGCACAUUGUCCUGCCUGCCCAGUGGGUUGAGUACAUGAAAACAGAUUCUAUUUUUAAAAAGCUAUUUCUAUUUUAAUACUCUAAAAUGCUACAAAUAUAAGCAAGCUUUAGUGUAUGGUUUUGAAGGACACAGACGUUGUUGAGCUGAUUGCUGAAGGCUUCCUGGGGCUUCUCUGCAGCUCCCACAUGUCUCAUUUUUAAGGAAAAUAGAGCUUCCUGAACCAUCCUUGCUAGACAGUCACUGAAGGGAACAACAGCACAGCCUGCCAGCUUGGUUUUAUGUCACAUCUCAAUAACCAAGUCACCACUUCUCUACCUCAAUUUCUGAUUAUGUGGUGCAGGAGAGUAAUAAAACCAAAGGAGGGCAGAAAACCCCACUAGCUGAUGGUUAUGACUUAUUUUAGUCUGAGACAACAGUGGUUUCUCCAGAAAUCUCCAUGUAUAGCUUGUUUUACAAGGUAAAAGCAAGAGAUUAAGCCUCUUAAAUGAUCUUUGAGGGUGAUUCCUCAUGGCCUUUUGUACUGCCUGAGUGCUCCUUUAAAAAAGUGAUAAUUUUGAAAGAAAGACGACGAAGAAAUUGGUGUAGAGCAA